GUCUGCGAGGUCACGUGACUGAAGGGCGCUAGUGUUUACCUCGGGAGCUCCAGAGAGGACUCUCCAGAACCACGUCCAGCCCGUAGCCCACCAUGACCGCUCUGACCGCGACCCCCCCGGCCAUCUGCCUGCUGCUCCUCGGCCUGGCGAGCCGCUGCUCCGGGCUCCACAUCCCGCCGCACGACGCCGUGGCCCGGGUAGCGCGCUUCGUGGCCAACCAGGUGACCUGGGCCUCCAUGGCCACCAUCUCCUCCCACGACCCGGUCCGCGGACAGCCCUUCUCCAACGCCUUCUCCGUCAGCGACGGGCCGCUGGGCCGCGGCUCCGGGGUGCCUUACCUCUACCUCACCCGCAUGGAGGUCUCCGUCCAGGACCUGAAGGUGAACCCCCAGGCCUCCCUCUCCAUGUCCCUGGCCCAGACGGACUACUGCGCCCAGCAGGGCUUCGACCCCCAGAGCCCGCUGUGUGCCCACGUCAUCCUGUCAGGGUCCGUCCUGCAGGUCAACGACACUGCGGAGGCGGAGUUUGCCAAGAAGUGGUUGUUCUGGCGUCACCCCGAGAUGGUGGACUGGCCCUCCGACCACGACUGGUUCUUCGCCAAGUUCAACAUCAGCCAGGUGUGGGUGCUGGACUACUUUGGGGGGGUGAAGACCGUAACCCCUGAAGAAUACUUCCAAGCCACGCCCUUCAGGAAGCACCCCCACUCCGGGUGAACUGGCCAUCGCCGCGGCGACCCGCCGGCGCCCUCUGACCCCUGCCCCCGUCAGUAGUGAUUGAGUCGAGAGGGAGUUCCGGAGGUGUGGUCUGUCCGUCCGUCCGUCCGUCCAAACCACUCAGGGUUUGGUUGUGUGCGUCCGUCCUGAGGCCCCGGCCGCUGUCGCCAUGGCGACGGCAGGCGGAACACUUCCUGUU